AUGCUUUCCUUCCAAGGGUUGGCCGAGCUGGCGCACCGGGAGUACCAGUCGGGUGACUUUGAGGCUGCCGAGCGCCACUGUAUGCAGCUGUGGAGGCAGGAGCCCGACAACACGGGCGUACUGCUGCUGCUCUCCUCCAUCCACUUCCAGUGUCGCAGGCUCGACAGGUGAGGUGGUGGUGGGAGGGGGGGGGUGUGAAGGACCUGGAGGUCAGAGGUCAGCUCGCACUGCAGUGAGUCAACAUGGUGGGCCUGGUCUGGAGAGAAUGCUGGGCCCACUGUGACUGGCUGGAACUGCAGAACUCUGGUGCUGCUGUAAACUGGGGCUGCAAUAAACUGGCUGCCAACAGCGCAUGGUGCUACUACACAUCUGUGGUGGUGUUGAGGAGUAAGGAAUGGCUGGCUGGGCAGCUGGUCCGUCAGUAAUCUCCCUACAUCUUCUUCUCAUCUCCUCUUUUCCCACUCUAAAAUGACUCUUACUGUGGUGGUGGCCGUUUUCUCUUCUCACAGGUGAUCCAGGUGUUGGGUUUGAUUUGACUGUGUUCUUUCUCGGGUGUUUUGGGUUGUCGCUCUGUCUCUUUGUACAAUAAGCAAAAGGAAGUGAUUUGUAUCAUGUGAAAUUGGAAUGAAACUUAAGUUUAACACACACCCCCCCCCCCCACACACACACACAACCAUUUUAGUCGUCCCACUAUCUCACAGCACACAAUGCAUCAGCUAGUGUGCUAAAUGAGAUCUCCCAUUCACUAUAAAGUACCAGUACUGGACCACACGCCACCACAUUUCUCCAGGCCAGUACAACCUACCAGCCUUGUGACCACCUCCUCCGUCCCUCCAGAUCUGCCCACUUCAGCACCUUGGCCAUCAAGCAGAAUCCCAUGCUGGCUGAGGCCUACUCCAACCUGGGCAACGUGUACAAGGAGCGCGGCCAGCUGCAGGAGGCUAUAGAGCACUACCGCCACGCCCUGCGGCUGAAACCAGACUUCAUCGACGGGUACAUCAACCUGGCAGCAGCCCUGGUGGCAGCGGGAGACAUGGAGGGGGCCGUCCAGGCCUACGUCUCCGCCCUACAGUACAACCCUGUGAGUGGACCUGGGACCCAGUUCAUGUACCUCAUCAUAAGCCAAGCAGACCAGCACAAAACCCAAAGUUUUGGUGUUCUGCCAAACCGUGACACAUUUUACACCCUUAAGCUACCCCCAAUCAGAUGUCAAUUCUAGUAUUGUCCUACUCAAGACAUUUGAUGAUCCCUUUGUAGAUAUCAAAUAAUGUGAUGUGUUAGUCAGUCUAGUUGUCCGGUUCUGGUUUGGAGCUCUAAUCUGUGUCUCCUUUUUGUUUCCUGUCCCUCAGGAUCUGUACUGUGUACGCAGCGACCUGGGGAACUUGCUCAAAGCCCUCGGGCGUUUGGAAGAGGCUAAGGUAUGUCCCAGGGGCUUGACACUGGCACAGCUUUUUGCUUAUCUUUUGUUUGUUUUAAAAUUUACUUUGAUUUCUUUGUAAGAUGUUUUGUCAGUUCUAUCCCCCCUGGCCCCCUUUGAGCCCGAUGGCCAAAGUUGCCCCCCUUUUUUUUUUCUCCCCACUAUUCAGUCAUUCACUUCAGUGUGAUUUUUCUCUAUCUCUGAGGCCAUCUGAGGCCCUUACCCCGGCCCUGGGAAGGCCCCCCCUCCACUACACCCUGGCUCUGGGCAGAUUCCCCCUCCCUCUUAAGAGGCUAAUAAUGUUGAAGGGGGAAAACAUUCUAUAGACCCCCAACCCAUUAAACCCUCCUUUUUUUUCUGGAAGUUACUUUUCAGACCGCUUUAUACUUUUGCCUUUGAGCCUCGCUAGAAUAGAGGCAUCACCAUUCUCUCUCCACUCCCUACACCAUGCUUCCUCUCACAAUGCUCUUCUCUCUGACCUCUCAACCUCGGGUCAGCCCCUCUCCCCUCACAGGAAGAAAGGCUGGGCUUUUCAAAUUGUUAGCAAUAAUUAUGGUUCUGAUAUGGAAUUUUUUUAUAAACUCAUAAAAUGUUCAAAACAAAGGUGGUUUUGGAGGGAAUAAUGCUGGCUCGGUCUUGGAAGGAUAAAUGAACUGAUGAAGUUAGUUUAAUCUCUGCAAUGCAAAAGAUAAGAUGGCCUCUAACCAAACCACAUUACUCCAAUUAUUUAACAACAAAUCGACAACUCCACCACUCAAUCCAGUUUUCCCACUACCCCCUACCCAUGCAGAUUUGCUAGUCUUGUAUCUUGUGCCCUCUGACCCCUUUAUUCCGUCUUUAUUUACCUCCUCUAAGCCAUGCAUACAUUGGCCCCUUUUAACGAUAUCUCUGUCCAUCUCCCUGAUACGAUAUCUAUACCUUCCCUGGGUUGGGUGAAAGCUGGAACUGUGGAGUUGACAUCUUGCUAGGUGACCUGGUGCCAGGCCAUCUUAUUUGGUGCCAGAAGGGGGAGGAGCUCCAGGGAGCUGCCAGGCCAGCCCCCGUGCACUGUGGCUCCUCCCCCCGCGCGCUCGCUAGGCCCGGUGGAGUGUGCGCGCUAAGAGCUGCCUUCCUGACACCCCAGCUACGCCCUAAUCAGAGGCUCGACACGACCCCACAGUGCUCUCAAAAUCCAAGCCUAGGUCUACUCACCCCAUCUGAUCAGAAACAGCCGAUGCUGCCGCUAAUACCAACUGGGCCCUACUGGUUAUCUUAUCUGACAGUCCCUGCUGUCUUCGAGUGGGUGAAUAGAAUAGUCAGGGUAUGAAAACGUGGUACAGUCCUUUCACACACACCCCUCCUUACAAGAGCCUGUAGUACGGUCCGAUGCUGCGUCAGGCAGACAGCUCACAAUCUGCACUCCGCCGCCCGCGUUCAGUUGGCUGGGUUAGAGAGAAACACGCACGCGCAGCAACCAGCGUUGACCUCUUUAUUUCAGAGCUACCUAUGGAGGCUUCUAGAUACCCAAUCAUUACACACCACGGCUUUUCUUCUCACUCCCCAUUGGCCAGGAUUCAAGCACAACAGGACAAAGAAAAAGCAUUAAAAAAAGAACCUUUUUGGAAAAAGAGGUUGAAGAAGAGUAUGCUAUGACAUAUUAUUUCCAAAGAAAUGUGAUCAGUUCAUUUGAUGAAGAUCAAGCUAGUUAUCCUCCCUCCUUUCUCCUAGCUUGGCCAUACUAUAAUAUUAUAAUAUUAGUGAUUGAUAAAACACAUUAUCAAAGCCUUUCUUCCCUCCUCCCAACCCCCCCCCCCACCCCCCCCGUACAUCCGUUUUUUGUAUUGGAAAAUCAAAUGAACAUUCAUUGCAUGAGUGUAAACAGAGCAGGUUGUCAUCAUUUUGUUGUGCUUUUCUUUGUUGUUUUUUUAGGGACGUUUUAUUUCAUUUACAUAUGAGAGGGGAAAAAAUAAUGUCUUGUUUGCUAACUUUUACUAACGCUGUUGUUUUUAUUUUGUCUCUUGGUUUUUUUUUUCCACGACUGAUGAUGUUAUUUAGAAGGUUGUUUCAGGUGGGUGAUGAUGUUACUCCUGCUACCGUACCCUAGGUGCCCUGGCUGAAACACGGAUCACUAGGGCAGCAUCAGUCCUCAACCGCCUGCUGCUGAGGCUGCCGCCCGCCCCUCUGACAAAGUCCAAACAAUAUGGUAACGGGUUUGUAACUGCCAGCAAAAGAAAAACCAUGAACUACUACUACUACGUCAUGCCUCUGUCUUGUGGCUUCCUCUGAAGAGCAGAGAAACAAAACAAGAAAAGUAAAAACAAACAAACAAAACAAAAAGAGAAGUACAGUAAGCAUUCCUUUAAAUACCUUCAAUUACCAUGACAACAACGGGCAAAACGUAUAUCAGUAAAUUCAAAAAACAUACCAAACAUGGAAGCAAUUAGCGGGGAAAAUAUUAAAUAAAGAAAAAGUAAGAAACCUCUAACUUUUACAUGUUGGUUGCAUUUUUUUCCUGUUGAUUUAGUUUUUUUUCCUUCUUGGUUUUGGAGUUGCAGCGUUCUGCCGAUGAUGCAGACUGUGCGCUGUGAGUGUGCAGUAACGCAGGGGCUGCGCAGCGAACAAACCUUCCAAGGCCAAAAAAGCAUCAGGCUCAAGCAAGCUUCCCCGCCCCCAUCCCCCCCCCGGCCUGCUGGGUACAGACCCCCUCCUCCCCCCGACGCCCUCUGUCAGCCUGGCACCCAGCGUACCCCCAGCCUCCAACAGGACACCAUUGACUACUUUAUUUACACAUUGCCCUGCGGAACAGCCCCUGGGCUCUGGUGUUAGAUCAACUCUCCUAUUCUCUCUCUCCUCCUCUUAGGGCGUCAGACACUUGGCAGUCUUGAUGCCCCUUAACUUCAAACUCCCCUUCUCUAUAUUCCCCCUCUUAUCUAACCAGCCGCUUGGCUGCGGUCUCCACGACCUCUAACCCCAAACCCCUGUCCUCUGCCGCCCGUUGGUCCUGAAAGGCAUUGUGGGGUACAGAGUGUGGCAGUCUGGGUAAGCAGGGUGUCUCCCGGGACUCUGGGUCUGUAGCCGGUCCGCAAAACCGGCCGGGGUCAGCGAGCGAGCGCAGCGGCGGCAAACAACGACCUCUUGUUGCUAAGCAGCAGCAGGGUUGGCGGCGUGACUGUGGUUGUAGCCAAACACACACCUAGGACACGCCCGCCCACGUAGCUUUGUGUGCGCACGCAUUACAGGGACCUCCACGUGCACGCAGCACCCGCCAUUCAAGGUUGUGAGAUACCGCUAGUUAAUAUAGUCCGCUAUCAAACAUAAAGUUAACGGUUGUUUUUAUAAUAAAUUUGAAUAUCAUUUAGGUAUUUUUCCUUCACACAAAACAGCUUAUCUGCUGUACAUUUUUAAUAACAAAACAGAAGAAAAGUCUAGUCGUUUCGGUUCCUCGUGUUGUGAGAAAGAGGUCAUGAUGAUAACUGCAGAAUGUCGGUCUGCGUGUGGGUGCUGGUUGGAUCUGCGCAGCGUAGGAAUAAGCAAGGAAGCUUAGCGCCGCAGAUUUCAGCGCAGGCGAGCCCAUGCUGCACACUCACUUUUUGCUUUAGUUGAGAACGGUCGCUAAUUCUGUUUCCUCUACCCCUUUUUUGUUUUUCUUCCCGUUUUCUUCAAAUCUUAUUUUAUUUUACUUCCUCUCCUCUCCUCCUACCUCCUCUACCACUACUCUUCCUCUCCUCUGCCACUACUCUUCCUCUCCUCUGCCACUACUCUUCCUCUCCUCUGCCACUACUCUUCCUCUCCUCUGCCACUACUCUUCCUCUCCUCCUUCCUCCUCUGCCACUACUCUUCCUCUCCUCCUACCUCUUCUCUGCCACUACUCUUCCUCUGCUCCUACCUCCUCUGGUUUUGAUUGUUAACCCAUUGAAGGCGUGUUACCUGAAGGCUAUUGAGACUCAGCCCAACUUUGCGGUGGCUUGGAGCAACCUGGGUUGUGUGUUCAACGCCCAGGGAGAGAUAUGGUUGGCCAUACACCACUUUGAGAAGGUAAGACUUUUCUACACAGCCGGUGAUGUAAAUACAAAGGACAAACCAGGAUAGUCUAGUGUGACUGACUAAUGAUUUCAUGUCUGGGCUGAAACAUUUGAUAAUUCACACACAAUACUAUUAAUGUCUUUGAGACCUUUUUAAGCACAGUCCUAGUAGAGUAGUGGGUGUACUGUGGACCGUUCACUGGUGUAAAGGGGAUUUUCAGGUGAACAAACGAGAGCAGUCGUGGAUAUAGUCAAUCAUAAAUCAAUUUGGUUUAAUUCAAGUUGCAACAAGAGCAGAGAAAAUGUUUAACUUGGUCUUCGCCGAGAAGGCCCUUAUCCUAAUUACUCAGCACCAGAAAGCCAAGACCUUGUCGGCUGCUAGCUACAGAAUCAGUGUUCCACAGAAUACAACAAAAAUCAGUGUCCUUGGACCUACAGUCUGGCAAUCCCUAUCAACAGAUAUGAGUAACAUCCAGCAUCACAUAGUGACCCACCUGUGGCAGAAAUGAGUGUCCACAAAUGUUCAAAUCAUGUGAAUUACUUAAUGGGAAAACAUAUAUAAAUAUGCUAAGCAUUGUGUUAAGUACUCAACUGAAUAUGAGCUUUAUUAAUCUUAAAUAUUCCCCAUUACAACUGGUGUUUGGAGGAGUUGUUUAACAUUGUAUGGAUUUAUGGGUAUUUGUCAGGCUGUGACUCUGGAUCCCAACUUCCUGGAUGCCUACAUCAACUUGGGCAACGUUCUGAAAGAGGCUCGCAUCUUUGACAGGUCAGUGACUGUUCCCAUGGUGUAACCAGUUAAACAUGAAGACACUCCCUCGUUCAGGCAUUCAUAAUCCUAAUCAUCCUUAUUUCACCUGGUGAGUCGUAGGCUAAUAAUAGGGAUUAUGUUCCAAACGGCACCCUAUUCCCUAUGUAGUGCACUACUUUUGAACAGGGCCCAUGGGGCUCCAGUCAGAAUUGUGCACUGUAUAGGGAAUAGGGUGCCGUGAUGCUGACCUUCUAGGCAGAGUUGCAAAGAAAAAGUCCAGUGUCUGUGUUCUUUUGCCCAUCUUAAUCUUUUAUUUUUAUUGGCCAGUCUGAGAUAUGGCUUUUUCUUUGCAACUCUGCCUAGAAGGUCAGCAUCCGGGAGUCGCCUCUUCACUGUUGACGUUGAGACUGGUGGUUUGCGGGUACUAAUUAAUGAAGCUGCCAGUUGAGGACCUGUGAGGCGUCUGUUUCUCAAACUAGACACUAAUGUAUUUGACCUCUUGCUCAGUUUUGCACCGGGGCCUCCCACUCCUCUUUCUAUUCUGGUUAGAGCCAGUUUGCGCUAUUCUGUGAAGGGAGUAGUACACAGCGUUGUACAAGAUCUUCAGUUUCUUGGCAAUUUCUCGCAUGGAAUAAAAUACAUUUUACCAAGACAAAUAUGAUUAUUCAUGUUCUGAAUCGUUCAGUGUGGUCUUUCUCUAACAUCAUUUUCGUACAUUGUAGAAUAAUAGUGAAGACAUCAAAACUAAGAAAUAACACAUAUGGAAUCAUGUAGUAAACAAAAAAGUGUUAAACAAAUCAAAAUAUGUUAUAUUUGAGAUUCUUCAAAUAGCCACCCUUUGCCUUGACAGCUUUGCACACUCUUGGCAUUCUCUCAACCAGUUUCAGAAAUACUGUCAGAUCCCCAAAUGGGCAAAUUUAAUGGCAGAGUGUGCGAAGGCCAGGAGGAGGAGGGUCGGGGGACAGGUUUUUAUUCUUCUGGUUAGGCUAUCUUGAUCUCUGGCUCCCUCUUGAGUCCCUUCACCUUAAUCUCUCCAGGAUCCCUCCCCCUAUUGCCCCUGUAACGUUGGCGUUUCCUCUUGGGUAGGCCGAAAAAUGUGUUCAAGUUGUCAGUUGUAAGAAAAUGAUAGCGGAUACAUUUUCAGAAAAUAAAAAGUAAAAAUAAACGACAAAAUAAUAGUACCGCCCUUUACUCUCCUCUGCAGAUCACUAGUACCGCUCCAUGUAUCUCCAUGCAGAGCAGUGGUGGGCUACCUCAGAGUCCUCAGCCUUUAGUAGUUAGUAGUAUUUUACUCAUUGCUAGUAGUUUAACCACCCUUCUCUCUUCCAACCAUUUCAGAGCGGUGGCUGGCUACCUGCGCGCCCUCAGCCUGAGCCCCAACCACGCCGUCGUCCAUGGCAACCUGGCGUGCGUCUACUACGAGCAGGGUCUUAUCGACCUGGCCAUCGACACGUACCGCCGCGCCAUCGAGCUGCAGCCCCACUUCCCCGACGCCUACUGUAACCUGGCCAACGCACUCAAGGAGAAGGGCAAUGUAAGGAAGAACACGGUGUGUGUGUGUGUCCCAGCAGUGAGAGAAUACUAUGUUAUUCUGCAUCCCUACUGCCAGUGUGAAAGGCAUGGCGGUCCCAGCAGCCCGCAGCAGUUGUCUCUGUGCCCUGUGCAUGCCAUUCCUUCCUUGACCCAAUUUAGGAGAUGAUGAUGGGGGGGGGGGGUGUCUCUGUGUAGCUGUUGUCUCUGUUGGGGUCUCCCUUUCUCUUGGCCCUCUCUGGGGCUUGGUGUCUGUCUGUACAAAACAUUUGAGUGUUUCUGUCUGUGUGGGGUGUCUGUAUCUGUCCUUGUGUAUCUGGCCAUGUGUGUCUCUGGUUUAAACCUGUGUGGUUUAACCCCGUCUCUCCCAGGUAUCCGAGGCUGAGGAGUGUUACAACACGGCCCUGCGUCUGUGUCCCACCCACGCCGACUCUCUCAACAACCUGGCCAACAUCAAGAGGGAGCAGGGCAACAUCGAGGACGCCGUCCAGCUCUACAGGAAAGCCCUGGAGGUGAGAUGGAGAACCACACCAAGGACAACUAUAUGGCAGUGUCCUGUUGUAAUAUGUAUUCUAACCUGUAGGGUGUCCACUCACUCUGCCCAGAGUAGGUGAAAACGUGCUUUGGUGAUGAAAUUUCACCUCCUUAUGUUAUAAAAUACAUUUUACCAAGACAAAUAUGAUUAUUCAUGUUCUGAAUCGUUCAGUGUUAAUAAUAUAAUAAUAAUAAUAAUAAUAAUAAUAUGCCAUUUAGCAGACGCUUUUCUCCAAAGCGACUUACAGUCAUGCGUGCAUACAUUUUUGUGUAUGGGUGGUCCCGGGGAUCGAACCCACUACCUUGGCGUUACAAGCGCCGUGCUCUACCAGCUGAGCUACAGAGGACCACUACCACUUAACAUAUCAUUUUCAUACAUUGUAGAAUAAUAGUGAAGACAUCAAAACUAAGAAAUAACACAUGGAAUCAUGUAGUAACCAAAAAAGUGUUAAACAAAUCAAAAUAUAUUUUAUUUUAGAUUCUUCAAAGUAGCCACCCUUUGCCUUGAUGACAGCUUUGCACACUUUGGCAUUCUCUCAACCAGCUUCACCUGGAAUGCUUUUUCCAACAGUCUUGAAAGAGUUCCCCCAUAUAUAUUAUGAUUUGUUUAACACUUUUUUUUUUUGGUUACUACAUGAUUCCAUAUGUGUUAUUUCAUAGUUUUGAUGUCUUCACUAUUAUUCUACAAUGUAGAAAAUAGUAAAAAAUAAAGAAAAACCCUUGAAUGAGUAGGUGUCCAAACUUUUGAUUGUUAUUGUAUAUCCAAAAAGUUGUAUUUCUUAACGUAAUACCUCCGAUAAUAUGCACCGAGCUCUGACAGAGCGGUGCCGAUUUUACAUUUUGUGGUCGUCUUCGAAGUUGUUUCCGCUGGGUUUUUUUUUUGUCAUUUAGCAGACGCUCUUAUCCAGAGCGACUUACAUUUAGCAUGACACGAGCUGAAUUAAAUGUAAAAGGCUUUGAAAAUAAAAAGAUUGGUAUAUGCUCAGUGCUCUGUUGAGAUUUCACAUCAUACGCUUGUUUUUGUGAGAAAUCUUAGAAAAAGAACAAGAAUUUAGCAUUUAAUAUGAAACACAUAUACUAAAAUAUAAAAAUACUACAUGUCUCAAAAUCGAUAUCACCUCUAUUGAUUUUAUGUCCUGCGGAUUGGAGAAGAUGCCGAGUUCAACGGUGAGCCAUCAGGUAGCCUUAAUUCUACACAUAAUCCAGCCUAACUGACGCCAUGCAAUUUUCCAGAUUUUUAUUUUAUUACAACCUUUUCUCUGGUCUCCAUUGAUUUAGUCGUCCUGAUUCUGGCCAUCCUACAAGGGUGAACACUGAUUCUGGCCAUCCUACAAGGGUGAAAACUCCAAUAACUUUUGAACAGAGUUUUCAUAGAGGAUUAUCUACACAAUUAACAUCCUAUUUUACCCAGUGGUCAGAUUAUGCGUUUUUGAUUGGACACCCUAUAACCUGUGUGUGUGGUUGGUGUUUGCAGCGGCCCACUCUAACCUGGCCAGUGUUCUGUUGUAAUAUGUAUUCUAACCUGUGGUUGUGUUGUCGUCUUCAGGUGUUUCCAGAGUUUGCAGCAGCCCACUCUAACCUGGCCAGUGUUCUGCAGCAGCAGGGGAAACUCCAGGAGGCCCUCAUGCACUACAAGGAGGCAAUCAGGUUCGCAGACAGACGCCUCUCUCAGUCUCGCCCUCUCUUUCAUCUCUCAAUCAGUUGUGGUUUGACAAAUCCACAGAGACACACCUUUUUAGGGAUGGUGUUUCAAGGUACUACAUCUAGUGGAUAAGAUUUGCAUCCUACUGAAUUGUUUGUGUGUGUCUGUAGAAUCAGCCCUACGUUUGCUGAUGCCUACUCGAACAUGGGCAACACUCUGAAGGAGAUGCAGGAUGUCCAGGGAGCGUUACAGUGCUACACCAGAGCCAUCCAGAUCAACCCUGCCUUUGCUGAUGCUCACUCUAACCUGGCCUCCAUACACAAGGUGACUUUCAUCUGCCGCGUCUGCCAUAACCCUCGAAUCCUAUCAGACGUGCAAUGAAGCCGAUUUGGGAUUGGCAUUACUCCUCCUUUGUCACUGAUAUUCCGCAGGGCCAAAUUUACCUAUGGUCUGCAAUUUUGUUUUGUAAUUCAUGGAAAUAUUAAAAUGCAUGUAUUUAUAAAGGAAGUUGUUUUAUGAUUCCAUUAUUGUAAUGAUAUGUCCCCCUCCCCUCAGGACUCUGGUAACAUCCCAGAAGCCAUUGCUUCUUACCGUACAGCCCUGAAACUGAAGCCUGACUUCCCUGAUGCCUACUGCAACCUGGCACACUGCCUGCAGGUACACGCACUCUCACACACACACUGCUGAACACACACACACUAGUCUCCCGUGUCAAGUUACUGCAGAUACACUUAAAGGCCAAAUCCUGAUUUGAGACUCAGCUGUAACUUGAGUAUAAAUCAUGUAUUGAUGUGAGACAUUGCGAAAGAGAGAACACAAGUAAGCCUCAAGAGUUACUGCUUUUGGAUUACAUGUCUCUGAUUUUACACUUCAGACUGCCUCACAAACUUCUGUCACACAAACACACACUCUCCUCACCACUUACACAGCGGUCUCUCCUCUCUCCAGAUUGUGUGUGACUGGACGGACUAUGAUGAGCGUAUGAAGAAGCUGGUGAGCAUCGUGGCUGACCAGUUGGAUAAGAACCGUCUGCCCUCGGUGCACCCCCACCACAGCAUGUUAUACCCCCUAUCUCACGGCUUCCGCAAGGCCAUCGCUGAGAGGCAUGGCAACCUCUGUCUGGACAAGGUACAGGCCCUCAUCGAAGCAAGUACAGUAUUGACCUUUUAUUCAGGUGAAGGCUGGGCUGGGAUGCUUGUAUGGUGAAGGGUGAACGGUAAGGUGGGAUGGCUUGGAAGUUACCCUUCUGGCUCAUUUUAAGGAAACUUAUUAGGCCUGUAGUCGUUUUUCUAGUUAAAAAUAAACAGUAAACACCAGCCUUAGAUGGCAGAAGGUGGUUGGGGUGCUUGCUGGGUAAAGAGGGUCUCCUAGAUGGGUUAAGAUGGGUUAGGUUUGGGCGGUUAGUUGGAUGUUAGUUAGGUCAGGUUCAGGAUAGUUGUAACUGCGUUAUGGACGAGGGAUCUGGUUUUAAUCUGCCUUGUCUAGUUGGACCACCUGAAAGGAGCUAGGUUUAUGGUCAUUAUCUGACAGGCUAUGAUGUUCCAAUGUCCAUACUAGAAAUCAUUCUAAGUAGGAUGCUAGUGUACAUUUUGGAAGAGAGCCUUGGGCUGUGUCUCAGAUGGCAUCCUUUUCAUUACAUAGAGCACUACUUUUGGGUAAAAGUAGUGCACUUUAUAGGGAAUAGGGUGACAUUUGGGACGCAGCCUAGUUUGUCAGUUUACCAGCUGUGACAUAGUCUAACGCCCCCCCCCCAUCCCACCACAGAUCAAUGCGCUCCACAAGCCGGCCUUUGAGUACCCCAAGGACCUGAAGGCCAGCGCGGGUCGUCUGAGGGUGGGAUAUGUCAGCUCUGACUUCGGGAACCACCCCACCUCCCACCUCAUGCAGUCCAUCCCCGGCAUGCACAACUCUGAGCAGUUUGAGGUGAGGGUUUCCUACUGUUCUGAAUCAUUACCACUAGAGAUGCUAUCAGGAGGACUGGCAACAACCAAUGAUUUAGAAUGAACUGAUGUGUUUGCAUACCUGGAUUUGAUUUUCAUUUAAACAAAUGUUUUAUUCUCAAUGCGACGUUUUAUUCUCAAUGCGACGUAACUGAAUAAAUAAUGGAUAAAUAUAAGUGAGGUGUUAUAGUGACCUAACAGUACUUGAAAUUUGUUUUUAAAAUCUUAAAUUCGGAUAUAAAAGCCAUACUGGCCGUGCAGCUGUUCUAACGGUUGGUGGUAACAUGGUUGUAACAUGUCUGGUGGUUGUUCUAACGGUUGGUGGUAACAUGGUUGGAACAUGUCUGGUGGUUCCUCUCCCCAGGUGUUCUGCUAUGCCCUGAGCCCAGAUGACAACACCAACUUCAGGGUAAAGGUGGUGGCCGAGGCCCAUCACUUCACUGACCUGUCACAGGUGAGUUAACGCAGAUAGACAACUCAAUCAAAGUACUUUUCUUUGUCCUUUCCUCUGUACUGAAGAACAUAGAGCCACUCUCCCUUCCUCCUCCUCCCGUCUCUCUCCUCUGUCAGCUCCCGUGUAACGGUAAGGCAGCAGACAGGAUCCAUCAGGAUGGACUACACAUCCUGGUCAAUAUGAACGGCUACACCAAAGGAGCCCGCAACGAGCUGUUUGCCCUGCGCCCCGCUCCCAUCCAGGUGAGAUAACUAGGCUUUAUUUAGCCAUGUAAGCUAUAUGGAAUUGUUUUAAGGUCAUACCAAGGAUCAUUUUGCUAUUUGAUUUUGAAUUUUAAGACCCCUUGAAGUAUGUAUAUAUAUUUUUGAUUUGGCCUUACUGCUAUUCGCCCAUACAAAUGCAUUGAAUAACAGAUUCAGUACAUGCAACUACAGUCCCCCCAAAAAAUUAAAAACGAAGUUUGGUCUGAAGGGUCUGUCCUAUAACUGAGAGAUAUAAGAAGGAUCAGGAUGUUUUUUUGUUUUUUUUAACAUGUAUUUAACCCCUUAUUUUUGGCACUAAACAGUGUGUGUGUAUGUAUAUAUAUAUAUAUAUAUAUAUAUAUAUAUAUAUAUAUAUAUAUAUAUAUAUAUAUAUAUAUAUAUAUAUAUAUAUAUAUACUACAUGACCAAAAGUAUGUGGACGCCUGCUCGUCAAACAUCUCAUUCCAAAAUCAUGGGCAUUAAUAUGGAGUUGGUCCCCCCUUUGCUGCUAUAACAGCCUCCUCUCUUCUGGGAAGGCUUUCCACUAGAUGUUGAAACAUUGCUUUGGGGACUUGCUACUAUUCAGCCACAAGCAUUAGUGAGGUCGGGCACUGAUGUUGGGCAAUUAGGCCUGGCUCGCAGUCGGCGUUCCAAUUCAUCCCAAAGGUGUUAGACGGGGUUGAGGUCAGGGCUCUGUGCAGGCCAGUCAAGUUCUUCCACACCAAUUUCGACAAACCAUUUCUGUAUGGACCUCGCUUUGUGCAUGGGGGAUUUGUCAUGCUGAAACAGGAAAGGGCCUUCCCCAAACGGUUGCCACAAAGUUAUUGUAUUAGGCCAAUGUUUCACACAGUUGUCAAGUUGGCUGGAUGUCCUUUGGGUGUUUGACCAUUCUUGAUGCACACGGGAAACUGUUGAGUGUGAAAAACCCAGCAGCGUUGCUGUUCUUGACACACUCAAACCGGUGCGCCUGGCACCUACUACCAUACCCCGUUCAAAGGCACUUCAAUCUUUUGUCUUGCCCAUUCACCCUGUUAAUGGCACACAUACACAAUCCAUGUCUCAAGGAUUUAAAAUCCUUCUUUAACCCGUCUCCUCCCCUUCAUCUACACUGAUUUUGAAGUGGAUUUAACCGGUGACAUCAUUAGGGGAUCAUAGGCUUCACCUGGUCAGUCUGUCAUCGAAAGAGCAGGUGUUUCUAAUGAUUUGUACUCAGUGUAUGCUUUGAUUGAAACAAAGUAGUCCUACAAAAAAGGCGAAUAGUUUUAACACCAUCUGUUUUUUAAUUUGCUCACGAAACAGUAAUUCAAGAAGCUCUAACUGAUUGAGAUCAAAUGAUUGGCAGGCAUGCAGUUUGGACAUUUCACCAUUUAAAACGUAAAGAAUUAUAAUUCACGAUAGACAGUGAUGGCCUAUUUGGAAAUUAGGUAUGCUUAACUUGGUGUUUUGAGGGUAUAAAAAAAUAUAACAUUUUCUUGAGACAAUAUAUUUGGGCAUAGGCCUACUCUACAAUGAUAUUCAGCAGGCUACAUCUGUUGAUUGAGAAUUUUUCAUUUAUUUUUCUCCGCGUGCGCUCCCUCACCUAAAAAAACAAACAAAAAAACAAUGGCACUACACAACUGCCAGGGUAUAAUGCCCAAAUAAAGUUCACUCUGCCAACUGUUCUCUCCUUCUUCUCAGUGUAUGUGGUUGGGCUACCCGGGAACCAGCGGAGCUCCCUUCAUGGACUACAUCGUGUCAGACAAGGAGACGUCCCCCAUCGAGGUGGCGGAGCAGUACUCUGAGAAACUAGCUUACAUGCCACACACCUUCUUUAUUGGAGACCACGCGAACAUGUUCCCCCACCUCAAGGUGAGAUUCCUGUUUAUCCAGUAAACAAAAGUGUGUUGUAGUGUGGCUUGAUUGAACCUUAUACGGCUAAUGUGCAGUGAUUGGUUGAAAUUGCGAGCCCUCUUGUUCUGCGGUGACGGGUCAGUUUUUUUUUUAUGCGAUAAUAUUACGAUGAUUUGACUUGUGCGGAAGUAGUGCAGUGAUUGGUCAAAUUUGCAAGCCCUCACAUAAUAUGCAGGGAAUAGUUGAUUUAUCAAAAAUAUUUGUAAUCCGGGGGAAUCCUGGAGGGACUGUUAAUCCUCUUGUCAUGUUUCACUGUUGAGUCAAAGGUAAAGUUUCAGCAUCAAGGAUAUCACUGACUGCAGUGAAUUAAAUAUAAAGGUGUAGUAAUUGGUGUAGUGAAAGUAUAUCUGCCGAUGAGGUCAGUUGAAUUUUCUUAACAUAACCAAAGGAGUGCCACAAGACUCAAUACUAGGCCCUUCACGAUUUACAUUAAUAAUGUUGGUUUGUCACUUAAUAAUAAUUGGGACGUACAUCUCUAUGCGGAUGACAGUUAUUUAUUCCCGUUCCCCUUCAGUGCAGCAGGCCAUUAAAACCUCUUAGAUGUAAAGUCCCCUGUUUUGGGGACCUGCGUGCUUCUGGUGCGGGUUCCGACUGACAAUUUUGCUUAUAAAUCGAUCUGUGGACUCGGUAGAUCGAAAUGGCUUGCAUUGAGCAAUAGCCCUGGUUCCCACUGACAGUUUUUUCUGAACCUGUGAUGUAGGAUGUGAAAUCUGAAACCACUUGAAGCUGGGAUGUCCCUCCUACCAUUUAAUUUGCUCUUCCGUCUGUCCGUUAACUCCUGGCUGAACCCUACAUCGCAGCCACAGACAAAGCACAUGCCUGCAGUCGUUACAUCGUAGCGCAUUCAUGUAAAAUAAUUCAUUGUUUUUUUUGUCAUAGACGGACAAGAUUAAUAUGAGAUGAACGGCGAGUUCAGGAAGCCAAGUUAGAGCUCUGAGACGUUCACAGCGAUGGGGCCAGACGUUUUGAUCGAGACCUUUAGAAAAUAUGCACAUUUUCUUUUAACACUAAACAAACAUAUGUACUUCAGUUAUAAGGAAGGCAAAAUCUUAGUUAGUCAUUUUAUAAUUUGAUUAUGCUUUAUUUAGAAAGCAUAUACAGUGAGGGGAAAAAAGUAUUUGAUCCCCUGCUGAUUUUGUACGUUUGCCCACUGACAAAAACAUGAUCAGUCUCUAAUUUUAAUGGUAGGUUUAUUUGAACAGUGAGAGACAGAAUAACAACAAAAAAAUCCAGAAAAACGCAUGUCAAAAAUGUUAUACAUUUAUUUGCAUUUUAAUGAGGGAAAUAAGUAUUUGACCCCUCUGCAAAACAUGACUUAGUACUUGGUGGCAAAACCCUUGUUGGCAAUCACAGAGGUCAGGCAUUUCUUGUAGUUGGCCACCAGGUUUGCACACAUCUCAGGAGGGAUUUUGUCCCACUCGUCUUUGCAGAUCUUCUCCAAGUCAUUAAGUUUGAGGCUGACGUUUGGCAACUCGAACCUUCAGCUCCCUCCACAGAUUUUCUAUGGGAUUAAGGUCUGGAGACUGGCUAGGCCACUCCAGGACGUUAAUGUGCUUCUUGUUGAGCCACUCCUUUGUUGCCUUGGCCGUGUGUUUUGGGUCAUUGUCAUGCUGGAAUACCCAUCCACGACCCAUUUUCAAUGCCCUGGCUGAGGGAAGGAGGUUCUCACCCAAGAUUUGACGGUACAUGGCCCCGUCCAUCGUCCCUUUGAUGCGGUGAAGUUGUCCUGUCCCCUUAGCAGAAAAACACCCCCAAAGCAUAAUGUUUCCACCUCCAUGUUUGACGGUGGGGAUGGUGUUCUUGGGGUCAUAGGCAGCAUUCCUCCUCCUCCAAACACGGCGAGUUGAGUUGAUGCCAAAGAGCUCGAUUAUGGUCUCAUCUGACCACAACACUUUCACCCAGUUCUCCUCUGAAUCAUUCAGAUGUUCAUUGCAAACUUCAGACGGGCCUGUAUAUGUGAUUUCUUGAGCAGGGGGACCUUGCGGGUGCUGCAGGAUUUCAGUCCUUCACGGCGUAGUGUGUUACCAAUUGUUUUCUUGGUGACUAUGGUCCCAGCUGCCUUGAGAUCAUUGACAAGAUCCUCCCGUGUAGUUCUGGGCUGAUUCCUCACCAUUCUCAUGAUCAUUGCAACUCCACGAGGUGAGAUAUUGCAUGGAGAUUGACAGGUCUUUUGUGUUUCUUCCAUUUGCGAAUAAUCGCACCAACUGUUGUCACCUUCUCACCAAGCUGCUUGGCGAUGGUCUUGUAGCCCAUUCCAGCCUUGUGUAGGUCUACAAUCUUGUCCCUGACAUCCUUGGAGAGCUCUUUGGUCUUGGCCAUGGUGGAGAGUUUGGAAUCUGAUUGAUUGAUUGCUUCUGUGGACAGGUGUCUUUUAUACAGGUAACAAGCUGAGAUUAGGAGCACUCCCUUUAAGAGUGUGCUCCUAAUCUCAGCUCAUUACCUGUAUAAAAGACACCUGGGAGCCAGAAAUCUUUCUGAUUUGAGAGGGGGUCAAAUACUUAUUUCCCUCAUUAAAAUGCAAAUCAAUUUAUAACAUUUUUGACAUGUGUUUUUCUGGAUUUUUGUUGUUGUUAUUCUGUCUCUCACUGUUCAAAUAAACCUACCAUUAAAAUUAUAGACUGAUCAUUUCUUUGUCAGUGGGCAAACGUACAAAAUCAGCAGGGGAUCAAAUACUUUUUUCCCCUCACUGUAAAUAAUUUCAAGCCUUAUUCAUACAGUAUUGUUGAGUAGGAAAUGCAUCAUAUAAAAUAUUUCAUUUUUAUAUUUGUACUUGCGCUUGUGUCCUCAAAAGUGACUACACCUCAGCAACUUAUAAUUAUUUUUUAUCAGAAACGAUCUUAUAAUGUCUUUCAGCCAGAGGUCUAGUGAGUUUUGGAUGAGUUGUCUGUACAGCUGCCUUUUCCCCCUGUGCUUCCUAUUAGUGUUUUCCUCUAUCCUCUGGUCUGUGUACAUAUGCUGCUCUUCCUUCAGAAAAGCAUGCAUCACAACUUUGUUCAUUUUGCACAAUUUCUCUUGUUCACUUUCGCUAGUAAAUGUUCACACUCACUGAAAAUGACAUACGGUAGAUACUCGCUAUGCUUGUAUAACUUUGAGCUGGAUUUGCCUGCCUUUGCGAUAAGUUUAUGUUCGUUUUCGCGCGUUAGCAUUUAGGUAACAGCUAUGUGAUUUCGCUAUUAGUUUGUGCUAAUUCUGUUAGCAUUCCGGUAAUAGAGGCACAAUGGGCUUUUAUUUUAUUUUUUUUGGCCCCCUUGUGUGCCGUGCCGGUGGUACCGUAAAUCCCGAGAUGAGAGAAGAUCGGUAUGACGAUAUGAAAAUACCGCCCAAGCCUAGCGGCUAUUUGUAUAUAAAGCAUUUCUCGAGAAACUCCCAUACUACCUCACUUCUUAAUUGGAUAUCCAGCCACCAUCAGACUCGCUCUCAAGACUGGCUGGUUCUAGAGUUUUCUCAGGUCUCCACAGAGUCUGGGAAGAUUGCCUUUUAGUUAUUGUGACCCUAGCGCAUGGAAUGACCUGCAGGCUACUUUGUGGCUUGACUCUUAUCUCGAAGGGUCAGUUCGGGACUAUGAGGAAUGUGGUGAAGGAGAAAUGCACUUUUUUUGAUUGUGGGUUUCCCCUGGUUACAUAAAGCUUAAAUAAAAAAUACUAAACUGACAUUCAUCUGAAAGAAAAAGGCAUUCUUUGAUGAAUGAAAAUAAUGCUUUUAAGAUCUACAACCCUGACGUGGUUUCUUGGAACGACACUUGACAUGCAGUUCACCUCAGUGAUCUUGUUUUAUUUUCUUCAACAGAAAAAGGCGGUGAUUGACUUCAAGUCUAACGGCCACAUCUUUGACAACCGCAUCGUUCUGAAUGGCAUUGACCUCAAGGCCUUCCUGGACAGCCUGCCUGACGUAAAGGUGGUCAAGGUGAGACAGUGACAUGGGGAAUAGCUCUAACCCUUCCUGGACAGCCUGCCUGACGUCAAGGUGAGACAGUGACAUGGUGAAUAGCCCUAACCCUUCCUGGACAGCCUGCCUGACGUCAAGGUGAGACAGUGACAUGGUGAAUAGCCCUAACCCUUCCUGGACAGCCUGCCUGACAUCAAGGUGAGACAGUGACAUGGGGAAUGUUCUGUGACCAUAUUUCCAUUGGACUAGGACCAUCAACUAUUGGAAAGGUACCCCCAUUGUCUGUUCCUUUUGUUUUCUUCAAUUUGAACGGUGAAGACCCACCCUUAUCCUCCUGAAAAAUAAGAUGCAAAUGAUUUGUAAAUCACUGACCCCUUCCUUCCUUCCUGUCCAGAUGAAGUGUGCCAGUGGGGACAGUGGAGCAGCAGAAACCAACGGGGCUCUGUCCAUGCCUGUCAUCCCCAUGAACACAGCAGCUGAGGCCAUCAUCAACAUGAUCAACCAGGGACAGAUUCAGGUCACCAUCAACGGAUUCACCGUCAGCAAUGGACUGGCCACCACACAGGUACUGGAGGGGGACACACAGAGGAAAUGGAUAAGAAUGAAUACCAGGUUGUUAUUUUGCUGGUUGAAUGAAGCAGAGAGGAACCUGUAUGGUUGACCUUUGAUCCCAGCCAUGUGACAUGACUACAGUCUGUAGUGUUCCAUCUCCAUGUUUACUGUGUUUUCAGAUACUUCCAGUGGAGGAGGUUGUAGCCCUCCAGGUAUGGGGCACACAGACUGGCUAGUACUGGAGAAAGACAUUGGGUCACUUGCACGUCUACUUUUGAGAUUUGACACCUAGGAAUAUGGUUCCAGUACUGUAGUGAACAGGGAUGUAUGGGAAACACUGUCAUGUGUCACUAUGCACUGGCCUCUCCUCUCCUCUGCCCCCUAGAUUUCUUCUUCUUCUUUUUUUUUUUUUUUUUUUGUCAUUUAGCAGACGCUCUUAUCCAGAGCGACUUACAGGAGCAAUUAGGGUUAAGUGCCUUGCUCAAGGGCACAUCGACAGAUCUUUCACCUAGUUGGCUCAGGGAUUAGAACCAGCGACCUUUCGGUUACUGGCACAACGCUCUUAACCACUAAGCUACCUGCCGCCCCAAUCUCUCUCUCUCCUUGCUCUCCUUCCUUCCUCUCCCUCUCUGCUCAGAAUACAUUUCUCCAUCAUAACCACCACCUUGUCCUCCAUCUCAGAUCAACAACAAGGCGGCUACAGGAGAGGAGGUUCCUCGUACCAUCGUCGUGACAACCCGCUCCCAGUACGGCCUGCCUGAAGACUCCAUCGUCUACUGCAACUUCAACCAGCUCUACAAGAUCGACCCCCCCACCCUGCAGAUGUGGGCCAAUGUAAGCCUCAAGCUAGAAAACACUUUCUCAAUGCUCCAUGAUCCUGUUGUCUUAGAUUGUCAUGUUUCUUCAGGUAUUCCUCCGUUUCCCUGACUCUCAGGGUGAAAUGGCACCCUAGUCUCUGUGAUAGUGCACUAGCUUUGACCAGGCCCUAUGCUCUGGUCAAAAGUAGUGCACUAUAUAGGGAAUAUGGGCCUUGGUCAACAGUAGUGCCAUUUCAGACACACAGCACCUCUUACUGAUCACCUCUCCUGUCUCACCUCUCCCGUCUGUCCUCUCCCGUCUCUCCUGUCUCUCCUCUCCCGUCUCUCCUCUCCUCUCCUCUCCCGUCUCUCCUCUCCCGUCUCUCCUCUCCUCUCCCGUCUCUCCUCUCCUGUAGAUCCUGAAGCGUGUUCCCAACAGUGUCCUGUGGUUGCUGCGUUUCCCUGCAGUGGGCGAGCCCAACAUCCAGCAGUACGCCCAGAACUUCGGCCUGCCCGCCUCCCGCAUCAUCUUCUCUCCGGUGGCGCCCAAGGAGGAGCACGUGAGACGGGGCCAGCUGGCCGACGUGUGUCUGGACACGCCACUCUGUAACGGACACACCACCGGCAUGGAUGUCCUCUGGGCCGGGACACCCAUGGUUACCAUGCCAGGUGAGACGGUGUAUGAUCGUAGGACAGAGACGUUUCCUUCUGAAGUGUGCACUUGUUCACUACUCUCCACAAAUUAGAAUGCGUUGGAUUGGUGUUGGAAUGGGCUAGGAGGAGUUUCUAUAUCUCAGUCGUUUCCUUUCUAAUCCAUGAAGGGAAGGGAACAAAUGCACAGUACGGAGAUAAUUGGGUUGCACUCUGUGGGUGGUGUAGUAACGGUGGUGUGGGUGGGUGGUGUAGUAAUGGUGGUGUGGGUGGGUGGUGUAGUAACGGUGGUGUAGUAACGGUGGUGUGGGUGGGUGCUGUAGUAACGGUGGUGUGGGUGAACAACAGGUCGGUCUUUUAAAUGUCACGUGUGCCCGUACAGGUGAGACCCUGGCGUCACGCGUGGCAGCCUCUCAGCUGCAGUGUCUGGGCUGUCCAGAGCUCAUCGCCCACACCAGACAGGAGUAUGAGGACGUGGCCGUCAAACUGGGCUCUGACAUGGAAUAGUAAGAUCCUCUGAGUAACACACACUCCAGCUAGCGCUCUCGCUCUCUCUCUCUCUCUCUCUCUCUCUCUCUCUCUCUCUCUCUCUCUCUCUCUCUCUCUCCUGUCUUUUCUUACACUCAUCCUCUUCUCACCAUUGCUGUAAUUGACCCCCUCUCCUCCCCCAGUCUGAAGAUGAUCCGGUCCCGUGUGUGGAAGCAGCGUAUCUGCAGCCCUCUGUUCAACACCAAGCAGUACACUACGGAUCUGGAGAAGCUCUACCUGCAGAUGUGGGAGCGCCACGCCAGCGGAGGCAAGCCAGACCACCUGGUCAAACUGCAGCCCAUCGAGAGCAGCGAGAGCGCCUGAAGAACCAGAGUGCGUCCCAAAUGGCACCCUAUUCAGUACACUGCUUAUGACCAGGGCCUAAAGAGAGUGUGGACAAAAGUAAUGCACUACAAAAAGGAAUAGGGUGCUAUAUGAGACGCAGCCCCCGACCAGACGUCCCAUCGAUCGAUGCACCCCACCCUGACCUCUAACCUCACCCCUGUCCAACUCCAGCCCCUCCAGAGCAGUAGAAGCACCUGGACUUGAACUCUGACCCCCACUCGCCCUUAACCCACCACUCUGCCCCUCCUGCCCAAAGCCUAGCACCUAUCUGCUCCUCUUCAACCCUGCUUCCCUCUUCCCUCCCCUGUGACUUGGACUCUUGUCUGUUGUAGAGCCUGCAGGUGUGUCUUCAUCCCCCCCCCUCCCUCCUUCACUCCUAGUCAUCAUAUCCCAUCUUACCUGUUUCCCUGAGCCAGACUGAGCCAGAACCACUCAGCUCUUCACCUGAGACUCUUCCCCCAAACCACAGCAUCCACACAGGGUAGGAGAGGAGAAGGAACAACCCCCCAUCCUUCCCUCCAUCCAGCGCCUGGAAGAGACUCCCUGUGGCUUUUUCUCUUCUCUCUGUGUGUGUGUAUAUGGGACUCUUUACACAAGCCUGCAUCAAUGUCCCAAGCCUGCAUCAAUGUCCCAAGCCUGCCUCAAUGUUUUUCGAUCUCCAUGUAAUAAUUGAAUCUGGAAUAAGAGGUUGAUGUAAUAAGAGUAUAUGAAGGGACUGUGUUGCAGUCUGAACAUCUAGUAACUCUUGUAUUGAACUAAAAAACGUUGAAUCAGCUUAAUCAUGUUAAAACAUUGUCUUUUGGUUUUUCUCAUCUUAUGCUAUUGGUAACUGCCAGGAUAAGAGUAGAUAGAUGCAUAUGAUUAAUAUCAGAUUUCAGAGAGAAAGAUCAGAACUCCCUCCCCACCACCACCACCACCACCAAAUGCCAACUUUUAAGGAUUUUGUGUCAAUGUAAGAAAACUAAAAAACUCUCAAUGGCUUUGUCCUGUUGUUCGAUAUCACGCAGUAUGCUUGUUAAGACCAAACCCUAUGGAUAAAUUGGACAGACAGGAGUUUCUUGGUAGUACUACCCAUUGGAAAGGCCCUGUAUUUCUGUCACCCUUAGUUAUGCCCUCUCCCCACGUAAUGAUUGAUUAUCACUCAAACCAGGAAUGGCCUAGGUAAGUAUUUUGUAAGCAGUUUUUGUUUUGUACUCUUGUCUUUCUGUGAACUGUUUUAUUUAUGCUCUGUCUGGUAUGCUGCAAGGCUCUGACUCAAUUUCUGUUGAAAUAAAGACAAAUAUGGCAAACCUCUUGGAAUGUGUUGAUCAUUUCGCUGAUUUAAUCAGGGUAGUGUUAGAGCACGUUCCCCCAAUAUUGCUUCCACCUUACAGAUCUGUUCGUUUUUCUCAAUUUGGUAUAAGCGUUUAUUUAUUUUUUUACAAUGUAGAUUUUCAAAACGGUGUACACAACACACGGAACUGUGUCGGUAAAUAGAUUUUCUAAAUGUAAUAGCCUGUAGUAGUUUUGUAAUAAUGACAAAACAAAAUACAAUCAAAGGAACAAACUGCAAAAUGAAAAAAACUAUAUAUAAAUAUCCCUUGGAACAAGCUAACAAAAAUGUGCUUUGUCUUUUAAAACAUUCCGUCAUAGAUUUGAUGUGCAGUAACUUGUAUCAUGAUGAACAAAAUAGAUCCAACUGUCAAAAGGCCAAAGAGUUAGAAGACAUAUCUAAGAGAUAGAAACUGAUAAAAGGAGACGGUGACGACCACGACGCUGCUGCACAAAUAUCCUCUACCCCAGUUAUUCUGAAAAGGGCAGUAGAAGCCGCUACUCCACGAGUGGAGUGGGUUCUUACACAAUGAGGCAAUGGUCGCCCCGCUGCCUCAUACGCCGUCUCAAUGCCUUCACAAAGCCAAUGAGACAGACGCUGUUUAGAAAGUGGUCUACCUAGUGCAGCCGCACCUUGACACACAAACAGCUGAGGCGAUGACCUAAUCGCCGCCGUGUGUUCCACGUAACACGCUAAAGGCAAGCACUGGGCACAGGCGAUGGAGCCUCUCCUCUCCAUGAGGAGAGGGAUAAAAGGACCACAGCUCUACAAUCUGUGAUAUGUAUGAGCUCUUAAUAACCGUAGGCAUAAAAGCCGGGUUAGGACGCAACACCGCUCUGCUCAGAUCGCCAUUAAUGGCGAGGCAGUCGGGUCUCGUCGACAGAGCGCACAAAUCACUGACACGCUUAGCAGUGGUCAAAGCGAGCAACAGUGCCGUCGCGUUCCUAAUAGGAAACGUUUCACUAGAGGGUGGCUGAAGAUAGUGUCCCUGCCAAACCCCUCAUGACAAGCUGAAAUCGCCGCUGCAAACACCUUAAUGGUGGCGGGCGAUCGCUGCUUAUCAAAUAAAAACUGUAGGAACGAGAGUACACUCUCAACCCGACAGCACAUGGGGUCCACAUUCUCUGUGACACACCACUGUGAAAACACGUUCCAUUUACUGGCAUAAACCCUGGAAGUGGAACCGGCACGUGAACCCUGUAUGGUUCUGAUUACUGAAUCAGAUAACCCACGGCGCUGUAGCCUGUCCCUCUCAGGAGCCAAACCAUCAGUGGUUGGCCGAUUACGGGCAACUGCCCCUAUCGCGCCUGAGACAGCGCUUCCUGUUGAUGUGGAAUUGGCCAAGGUGGCGCAAUCAACAUCUGACUCAUCUCCGCGAACCAUGGAGCCCCUGGGCGAUCGGGAGCCACCAAUAUGAUUGACAGCCCGCCUGAUCUCAACCUGGCUAACAGUGGGAGAAUGCAGGACAGCGGUGGAACUGUGUACAGGAGAACUUUUGGCCACGGUCGGUGCGCAAAUGCGUCCCUCUCCAGUUGCGGUUCGUCCUGAUCUCGUAGAGAGAACCAGAGAGUGCAAUGUGUGUUCACGCGUGACGCAAACAGAUCCACCUCGGCUCUCCCGAACCCAAAUUUGGAAAUGUGGAGAACAACCCCCUUGAGACAUGAGGUCUGCCCCUAUGUUCACGUAGCCUGGAAUGUGUGCUGCUCUCAAUGAGCGAAGAUGCACGUGAGCCCACAGCCACAAUUCCUCCGCCAACUGGUGGAGUGCAGGAGACCUGACUCCUCCCUGGCGAUUGAUGUAGGCUACUGUGCUUCGGUCGUCUGACCAGACCAGCACAUCGCGACCCCGAAGGGUAGACGCGAAGUGGGUCAGAACCAGUAGAACCGUUUACAACUCCAAUAGGUUGAUGUGACGACUCGAGAGAGGCCACACACCUCCUAUCGCUUGGGUCUGACAUGUCCCUCCCCAUCCAGUCAGAGAGGCAUCUGUAAAACUGGAAUGUAGGAGGACACUGCCUAUCCGGACACCGUGCGUGAGAACGCGCGGAUCUCUCCAAUAGUUCAGAUCUGCUCUGAGCGAGAAAAAAAAAUGCCCAACGCUGCUUCCUCUCCUUCAAAGAAGGGAGGGCGCAGCUGGCACAUAGUGGGGGUCCAUGAAACACACUAAACAUAAGUCGUGGGAGUCGACAGCCGCCAUACUGAAAAUAGCUUUUGGGGGUGAAAAAUCUCCUGGUGUGCUCAUUCUCGGACGACGUCGAUGACCUGGAAAAUCGACUACGUUUUCUUUGUCCUGAGUCUUGUCUUCUAUCGGCUUCUUCAGUCCAAUCCAGUCGCUGAAGAUAAUGUGAGGCUGAUUGAGGGGAAGCGUCCCCUCUUAUAGGGACACCUGUACUCCUAUUGGCUGCAGGUGUGUGCAUAAUUUUAUCUCAGGCUGUUCGCUGCCUAGGCAGCGGAGUAAACCAAUAGGCGCAGAGCUCGGAGCUACUCCUCAGUUUCAUCAGCUGUCCGGGAGGCUGGUCUCUUCUCACCAUUGCUGUAACUGACCCCCUCUCCUCCCCCAGUCUGAAGAUGAUCCGGUCCCGUGUGUGGAAGCAGCGUAUCUGCAGCCCUCUGUUCAACACCAAGCAGUACACUAUGGAUCUGGAGAAGCUCUACCUGCAGAUGUGGGAGCGCCACGCCAGCGGAGGCAAGCCAGACCACCUGGUCAAACUGCAGCCCAUCGAGAGCAGCGAGAGCGCCUGAAGACCCAGAGUACGUCCCAAAUGGCACCCUAUUCAGUACACUGCUUAUGACCAGGGCCUAAAGAGAGUGUGGACAAAAGUAAUGCACUACAAAAAGGAAUAGGGUGCUAUAUGAGACGCAGCCCCCGACCAGACGUCCCAUCGAUCGAUGCACCCAACCCUGACCUCUAACCUCACCCCUGUCCAACUCCAGCCCCUCCAGAGCAGUAGAAGCACCUGGACUUGAACUCUGACCCCCACUCGCCCUUAACCCACCACUCUGCCCCUCCUGCCCAAAGCCUAGCACCUAUCUGCUCCUCUUCAACCCUGCUUCCCGCUUCCCUCCCCUGUGACUUGGACUCUUGUCUGUUGUAGAGCCUGCAGGUGUGUCUUCACCCCCCCCCUCCCUCCUUCACUCCUAGUCAUCAUAUCCCAUCUUACCUGUUUCCCUGAGCCAGACUGAGCCAGAACCACUCAGCUCUUCACCUGAGACUCUUCCCCCAAACCACAGCAUCCACACAGGGUAGGAGAGGAGAAGGAACAACCCCCCCCCAUCCUUCCCUCCAUCCAGCGCCUGGAAGAGACUCCCCGUGGCUUUUUCUCUUCUCUCUCUGUGUGUGUGUAUAUGGGACUCUUUACACAAGCCUGCAUCAAUGUCCCAAGCCUGCAUCAAUGUCCCAAGCCUGCCUCAAUGUUUUUCGAUCUCCAUGUAAUAAUUGAAUCUGGAAUAAGAGGUUGAUGUAAUAAGAGUAUAUGAAGGGACUGUGUUGCAGUCUGAACAUCUAGUAACUCUUGUCUUGAACUAAAAAACGUUGAAUCAGCUUAAUCGUGUUAAAACAUUGUCUUUUGGUUUUUCUCAUCUUAUGCUAUUGGUAACUGCCAGGAUAAGAGUAGAUAGAUGCAUAUGAUUCAUAUCAGAUUUCAGAGAGAAAGAUCAGAACUACCUCCCUCCCUCCCCACCACCACCACCAAAUGCCAACUUUUAA